CAAAAACACGAAACUUUUCCUCCCUCUCGCCGCCGCCGCCGCCUUGCGCCGCUCGAUUCUCAGCCGCCGGAGAAAAGGAUCAGGAGCUACUACUCCAAACUACUCAACGCCCUCUCCAACGGCCUAGAACAUCUUAGGUAAGCCAAUGUCUCUGCACCGUCAAGACUCGGUCUCUGCAAGCUUUAAAAUCCGUAAAGUCUCAAUCUUUCCCAAUAAGUUAACGGCACUUGGCUCGAGAUUUUGCUGCAAAAUUUUGACUGUUCCAGGUUGUCUGAAUGAUGGAAACAGAUGCCGCACAAAGCUUUAGUUCUGAUGAUGGGGUGUAUGAUUGUGAUAGCGGUUCGGAGGGUUUUGUCGAGGAUUCACUUGAUGAUGAGCUUUGCUUUGCCUCUGGCGACUUUCCCAAGCUGCAAUUUAGGAAAGAGAGGUCGAAGGUGCGGUGGAUUGAAGAGCUGGGAAUAGCUGAGGUGCUGGAGAAGAAGGGUAAAAUGUGGACCACGACUGGGAUAAGUCGGAAUGGGAAGACAUAUUGCUCAAUAGAAGAAACGUUAUAUUUAGCUGAGAUUGGUGCCCUGGAUGUCUUGAAUGUUGACGACACUCCUCUUCCCUUGAGUGAUUUGUAUGCAAAGCUAGCAGAAGACCAGGAAAAGUAUGGAUGCUCAUGGGAGUCUUUUGAGGUUUACCGAUGCCUGAAGUCUCUUGGAUAUAUUGUUGGCCGACAUGGGGUGGCUUGGUCCAUGAAGAAUGUGAAAAAUAAAACCAUUGCUGAUGACAGUGUGGGAGAGUCCUGCAGUAUUACUGAUAAGGGAAAUGUAGACUACAGUUGCAUCACAGAUAUGUUUGGUAACAUGCAUCUUGGCGGAACCAGACCAAUAUUUGAUGUUUUCCCUCCUAAUAGCAAGUUCAGAAAGUCUUCCUCAGGAGAUCCAUCUUUUAUGUUGUGCCGAGCCAGUAGCCACCCACCAUCCAGACAAGAGAUUGAGGACAUUGAAACAUGUUGUGGCCGAAUACCUCUCAAGCUCUACGUGGUCGAGCAUGGGAGGGUCAGUUUCUUGUCGUUCACCAAAGUCGAGUUGCCUGCCCUUCCAUGACCCUUUUGCAGCCAUAUAAAGUUAUAUGUCUACAGAUACGGAAUAGGUCAGGGUGGGUACCAUCUACGCUAUUCAUUGCACAAAACGCCGUCCGUCUGCCUUUUUCAUCAAUGUAAGUUUUCCCAACAUGAAGAAACGCCGGCCGCUGAAUUUCUCAUCCUUCACAGCAACUCAAGAAAUUGCCAUUUUCUUUAUCUAGACAUUUCACCUAAAGAUGUGAAUUUCUUAGCUAAAAAAUUUUACUCCCUCCGUCCCAAGGUAUUAGACCAACUUUCCUUUUUGGGAUGUCCCAACAUAUUAGACUCAUUUCCUUUUUUAGUAAAAAACAUUUAUCUUAUUUUA